AUGAAUAGCCCAGGUGAAGUUGCCAAAGCUGUCGAACACGCUCUCAAGUCCGGUUACAGACAUCUUGAUUGCGCUUGGGCUUACGGAAACGAAGCUGAAGUUGGACAAGGUAUCAAAGCCUCUGGUGUACCAAGAGAAGAAAUUUUUGUCACUUCAAAGCUUUUCGAACUUCACCAUCACCCCGAGCACGUCCCUUUGGCUAUCAAGGACACCUUGAAAAACUUGGGUCUCGAAUACCUCGAUUUGUACCUUCUCCACUGGAACAUCAACCUCGAAGUUGACGCUCCUGCUGGAACCCUUCCUCAAAACGAACACCGAGUCAAGGGGUCUUCAGGUAAAUUCAAGCUUGAUGUAGCUCUUUCCGAUGAUGUUACCCCAACCUGGAGAGAGAUGGAAAAGCUCGUUGACCAAGGUCUCGUCAAGUCAAUCGGUAUCUCCAACUUCAACAUCAACCGAACCAAGAAACUCCUCAAGGUCGCUCGAAUCAAGCCUGUCGCUGACCAAGUUGAACUUUCCAUCCAAUGUCCUCAACCUGAGCUCGUAGCUUGGUUGAAGAAGAACGAUAUCUUACCUCAAGGUUACUCCCCUCUCGGUGGUACCGGUAAGACCAACCUCAGAGACAACGAGAUUGUCAAGAAGAUCGCCGAUCAACACGGUGUACAAACCGCCAAUAUCCUCUUGUCAUGGUUGGUCGCCAGAGGUGUUAACCCAGUUCCUAAGUCGGUCACCCCUGAGAGAAUUGAAAACAACUUGAAACUCGUCGACCUUACCAAGGAACAAUUCGAUGAACUCGAGUCCCUCUCUCAAUCUCACCCUCCCAACAGAGUUUGUGACCAAAGUGACUCUUUCGAACCCGUUUACGAUAUCUACCAAGAGAAUGACCCCGAGUUCUCCGACAAGGUUCAAUUCGCCAAGGAGCAAUAA